CCCCAAACCGAAUACGAGAGUGCGCGCGAGAAAUGCAGUGCGAGACACGCACCGAGCAGUCCAUAUAAACCCACCGAAUCAACGCGCACAGAAAAAACCCCACUGGAAAACACAGAAGACGCCUGUUUAACGAGCGACAGGAAAGGCCACCGCCGACGAGGUAAAAUGGGAGGGAAGCUAAGCAAAAAGAAGAAGGGAUACAAUGUGAACGACGAGAAGGCAAAGGAGAAGGACGCAAAGACGGAGGGAGCGUCGGCGGAGGAAGGUGAAGCUCAAGAAGAGAACAAGGAAGAAGCUACCACUACCACGGAGACCACCAAUGACACGGCGGCAGCCGUCAAAGAAGCCACGCCUGGUGCUGAGAGCAAUUCCACCGCUCCCAAGGAGGAGGAGAAAGGAUCUGCCCCUGCGAAAAAGGAUGAGCCUGCAGCUAACGCUAAUGCUAGUGCUCCUAAAGUCUCUGAAUCCAAGACCGCCGAGGCUGGUAAAGCGGAACCCGCCAAGAGUCCUGAUGCCCCUCCGGCCAAAGCUGAGGAAAAAUCCACCCCGGCAACUGAGAAAGAGCCAGCGAAAGAGGCCGCCCUUCCUGCUAAAGAUCCCGCCCCCCCUGUAGCUACAGCAACGGAGAGCAAGGCUGACACUGAGUCUAAAAAGACUGAGGCUCCGCCCGCAAAAGAAUCCACCCCUGCAGAGCCAAUCACCAAGGAGACCAGCCCCGCCCCUAAUAAGGAGCAAGCAGUGGCUGUGCAAGAUUAACAGAAGGAACAGUGAACGGCAAGAUUAAUGUGAAAAUGCAAGCAAGAUCAAAUUGAAAUAAUAAAACUAGCCCGCCCAAUUUAAACAACAUCAGUGAUUAUAAUAUAAAUAAUGAUAAUAGUAACAAUAACUAUAAUGAUUUUAACAGGCUGGACUUUGAUCAUCGUUUUGCUGAUGGACAUGAUCAUGAUGAUAAGACCAACGAGUUAUGUCAAGAUAUUAUCUUUUAAAUUGAACUUUGAUGCAAACCACCAGCCCCCCAACUCUUUCUCUCUCUUUCUCUAUCCCUCUCUCUCUUCGUACCUUUCCUCCACCUCUAUUUUAAUGAGGGGGUGGAACAAGAAACAUGAAUCCCUUCAUUGCCGCCGUUACCUCCCUUCAUUUGAGUGUGAUGUAAUGGCAGUGGGUGGGGUUAAUAUAUACUGUAUGCGUGUGUGUGUGUGUGUGUGCGUGGUAUUAGUAGUCCCGCCUCCCUGAUACACAUUUCAUCGUUCCUGUUUGCCGCUUUCUAGUUUGUGAUUGGCAUUGUGUCUUUGCUUCUCACCUAAGUUUCUUUCUCUCUCACUCUUUCUCCUGUAUUAGUGGAAAAUCAUUGGACAGCACAAUCCAUCACACACACAUACACACACACACACACACAAAUACAGUGUUGUUGAAUGUUAGAAGUAUUAAUGUGUUUAACCAUGUUAAAGGUAUGACAGUGUGUGUGGAGACAGUAUGAGAGAAAGUGUAUGACACAAAGUAUAAAAUGAGUGUUUGCGGUGUUUAUGAAGUGAUGCACAAUUUGAGCAUCUGUAAGUGUUUGUGCGUGUGUGUGUGUGUUUGGAGUUCUGGUCUUUCUGUUCUUUGAAAGCAGCAGUUGUCAUGAUAUUAAAGAGAGCGAGAGAGAGAGCGCAGACCUCCAAACUCACAGAACAGGACACACUUCUUACAAACACACAUCAUUCUCUCCAAAUACUGAAUGAAUGCGAGUGCUGUGUGUUGUGUAAUAAUGUGUGUGUUUUGCAUGUCAGUGGUUGGCCCUAUUGUUGUGUAUUUUUGGUUGCUGUGAAGAUAAAUGUUGCUACAGGUGAAAUUUCAUUUGAAUAAACAGACACGCACUCCCUCUUUCUAUUUCUAUCUGUUUCUUUCACUAUCAUUCCUUUUCUUUCCCAAACUCCCUGUUAGAAUAAAAAAACAUGAAAUGGAUGAAUCCAGAUAACUGUACUUGUAUACAUGGAGCAACAUUAAUAAAAAGAAAGAACCACAGAUUGAAAAUCA